AUGGUAAAGAAACAAGUAGAUUCCAGGAUCCCAGCACUUAUCUCCAACGGUGUACAGGAGAAACAACGUAGUUUCUUUUUCAUUGUUGGAGACAAGGCCAAAUAUCAAUUACCCAACUUACACUUGUUGAUGAUGAAGGCCGAUUUAAAAAUGAAUAAGUCUAUUUUGUGGGCUUAUAAGAAGGACUUGUUGGGGUUCACAUCUCACAGAAAGAAUAGAGAAAUGAAAAUCAAAAAGGACGUUAAAAGAGGAAUCAGAGAAGCCAAUGAUCAAGAUCCCUUUGAAGCAUUUAUAUCUCAAAAGAUUGAUUACGUUUACUAUAAACAUACAGAGAGAGUCUUGGGUAGAACAUAUGGGAUGUGUAUAUUACAAGACUUUGAAGCCAUUACUCCUAACUUAUUGGCUAGAACUAUUGAAACUGUUCAAGGUGGGGGGAUUGUGGUUUUACUCUUGAAAUCUAUGACUUCCUUGAAACAAUUAUACACCAUGACUAUGGAUAUCCAUUCUCGAUACAGAACAGAGGCUCAUACUGAUGUAGUGGCCAGAUUCAAUGAAAGAUUCUUGUUGUCCUUGGGAUCUUGUGAAACCUGUUUGGUUGUAGAUGAUGAGUUGAAUGUAUUACCUAUUUCCGGUGGUAAACAUGUUAAGGCAUUACCUAGAAAUAGAGAUGAAGAUUUGACUCCUAAGGAAAUAGAAUUGAGAGAAUUGAAGGAAAGUCUUGUUGACGUUCAACCUGCUGGUGAUUUGGUUGCCCUUGCAAAGACCAUAAAUCAAGCACAAGCUAUAUUAACAUUUAUUGAUGUUAUCUCCGAAAAAUCCUUAAAGAGUACGGUUACUUUGACGGCUGGUAGAGGUAGAGGUAAAUCCGCAGCUUUGGGUAUUGCUAUUGCUGCCGCCAUUUCUCUGGGAUAUUCCAACAUCUUUGUUACAUCACCAUCUCCAGAAAACUUGAAGACCUUGUUUGAGUUCAUCUUCAAAGGGUUCGAUGCUCUUGGGUAUUCAAAUAAUCUGGAUUACGAUAUUAUUCAAUCCACAAACCCUGAUUUCAACAAGGCCAUUGUUAGAGUUGAUGUUAGAAGAGACCAUCGUCAAACAAUUCAAUAUAUUUCUCCCAAUGAUCACCAUGUUUUGGGUCAAGCAGAAUUAGUUAUCAUUGAUGAAGCUGCUGCCAUCCCCUUGCCCGUGGUCAAGAAGUUGAUGGGCCCAUAUUUGGUGUUCAUGGCCUCCACCAUUAAUGGGUAUGAAGGUACUGGUAGAUCAUUGUCUUUGAAGCUUAUUCAACAAUUGAGAGAUCAAUCCAGAGAUAAUAGUAUUAACUCCAACACUAAAGUUGUUUCCAGAGACUCUUCAAAUGAUAAUGGAGAUCAUAUGGGAGGAAGAACUCUUAGGGAAGUUGUUUUGGACGAGCCAAUUAGAUAUGCUCCUGGUGAUCCAGUUGAAAAGUGGUUGAACAAAUUAUUGUGCUUGGAUGCUAAAUUAACUAAGAACGCUAAGUUUGCUACCAAGGGUACCCCACAUCCUUCCCAGUGUAAUUUAUUCUACGUUAACAGAGAUACUUUAUUCUCGUAUCAUCCAGUUUCUGAAGCAUUCUUGCAAAAGAUGAUGGCCUUAUAUGUUGCUUCUCAUUACAAGAAUUCUCCGAACGAUUUACAACUUAUGAGUGAUGCUCCAGCUCAUCAGUUAUUUGUGUUAUUACCACCCAUUGAGCCUGGUGAUAAUAGAAUUCCGGACCCCUUAUGUGUUGUUCAAGUUGCAUUGGAAGGUGAAAUCUCCAAGGAAAGCGUACGGAACUCGCUCAGUAGAGGUCAAAGAGCUGGUGGUGAUUUGAUUCCAUGGCUAGUGUCUCAACAAUUCCAAGAUGAAGACUUUGCUUCCUUAUCUGGUGCCAGAGUCGUGAGAAUCGCCACAAACCCUGAAUACUCGGGUAUGGGGUACGGGUCCAGAGCGUUGGAACUUUUGCAAGAUUAUUACGAGGGUAAGUUCACCGAUAUUAGUGAGUCUACUUCGGUGGAGGACCAUACACUUGCUAGAGUCUCAGAUAAGGAAUUAAGUAGGGCAUCUUUGAAGGACGAAGUCAAGUUGAGAGAUGCAAAGAGUUUACCUCCAUUGUUAUUAAAGUUGAACGAGAAGGCUCCAUACUUUUUGCAUUACUUGGGUGUCUCCUAUGGGUUAACACCUCAAUUGCUUAAAUUCUGGAAGAGAGCUGGUUAUGUUCCUGUUUACUUAAGACAAACCCCUAAUGAUUUAACUGGUGAGCAUACCGCAGUUAUGUUGAACGUCUUACCUAAUGCUGUUGGCACUUGGUUGCAAGAGUUCUCCAAAGAUUUCCACAAAAGGUUCUUAUCAUUGAUGUCAUAUGAAUUCCGGAAGUUCCCUGCUGUGCAAGCUUUGAAUAUCAUCGGAGCUGCUGAAUCUGGUGAAGGUGCCAAUAAUAGCAAUUUCAAGACUAAACAAUUGACUAAAGCUGGCUUAGAUGAAAUCUUAACACCCUUUGACUUGAAGAGGUUGGACAAAUAUGCCAAAAACUUAUUGGAUUACCACGUUAUAUUGGAUAUGAUUCCGUUAAUUGCAACGUUAUACUUCACUAAGGCUACCCGGGAAGAAGUUACUUUAUCUUCAGUGCAAUCAGCCAUUUUAUUGGCCAUAGGUUUGCAACAUAAGGACAUGGAUCAAAUUGCAAAGGAACUUAAUUUACAAUCAAACCAAGCCAUGGCCAUGUUCCAUAAAAUUGUUAUAAAGUUCUCCAAUUACUUCAAUCAAGUGUUGAGUAAGUCCAUUGAGGAUUCACUACCAGCCAUUCAGGAUGAUAAUCUUAAGGAAAUGAAUGGUGAAUACGAACAUGUUGAUUAUGAACAUGUUGCUGGAGAAUUAGAACAAGAUUUGGAACAGGCAGGUAACGAAGCAUUGAGCGAAAUGAAGGUUAAGCAAAGAGAGUUGAUCAACGCUCUUGACUUGGAUAAAUAUGCCAUAGCCGAUAACGAAGAUUGGGAACAGGCAGAAAAGUCUGUAGCCAAAGCAGCAAAGUCUAAAGGAGUUGUUAGUAUCAAGAACAAGGGACAAAAGAGGAAGCAAGGAGAUUCAGCAACCACUAUAUUCGAACAAGAAAUGAAGAGUGUUUCCAAGAAAUCCAAAAAGUCAAAGAAAUAA